CAUGUGUGUACCAGAAUCAGUGCUGCAUAGUUUGAGCCUGACAGGAUUGACUUUGCAAAUGAGACAUUUAUGACACAUCUGCCAAGAAGUAUGAUUUGAAUUAAACUUUAACUUUUACAAGUUUUCAGAUACUUUGAGUUAUCAGCUGUCUGCGGUUAUUUGUAACCGGAGGGGUACACAGCCCCAAAGGGGAGGGAUAAGAACUGCAGAUCUUAGAUGCUCUGAGAACCCACUACUAUAUAAUCAUUCCUAUGAAAAUCAUUCAUGUGCUGGCAGCCCCAAAGGGAGCAUAAACCAGGGACUUUGAUAUCAUGCAGCAGAAGAGCAAAUUAUUUCUCCAGGCUUUGAAGUAUAGUAUUCCUCACCUUGGGAAAUGCAUGCAGAGACAGCACGUGAAUCACUGUAACUUCGCUGAUCAUUAUUACAAUAGAAUAAAAUUGAAAAAAUAUCACCUAACCAAGUGUCUGCAGAAUAAACCCAGGAUAUCAGAGUUAGCAAGAAACAUCCCAAGUCGGAACUUCUCAUGUAAGGAAUUUUUGCCUAUUAAACAAGAAAACAAAAAAUCCCUUUCAGAAAACAUGGAUGCAUUUGAAAAAGUGAGAACAAAAUUGGAAACACAGCCACAAGAAGAAUACGAAAUCAUCAAUGCAGAGAUUAAACAUGGUGGUUUUGUUUAUUAUCAAGAGGGCUGCUGUUUGGUUCGUUCCAAAGAUGAAGAAGCAGACACUGAUAAUUAUGAAGUUUUGUUCAAUUUGGAGGAACUUAAAUUAGAUCAACCCUUCAUUGAUUGUAUCAGAGUUGCUCCUGAUGAAAAAUAUGUAGCUGCCAAGAUAAGAACUGAAGAUUCUGAAGCAUCUACCUGUGUAGUUGUGAAGCUCAGUGAUCAACCUGUAAUGGAAGCUUCUUUCCCAAAUGUGUCCAGUUUUGAAUGGGUAAAGGAUGAAGAAGAUGAAGAUGUUUUAUUCUACACCUUCCAGAGGAACCUUCGCUGUCAUGAUGUAUAUCGAGCCACUUUUGGUGAUAACAGGCGUAAUGAACGUUUUUACACAGAAAAAGACCCAAGCUUUUUUGUUUUCCUUUAUCUUACAAAAGACAGUCGUUUUCUCACCAUGAAUAUUAUGAACAAGACCACUUCAGAGGUGUGGUUGAUAGAUGGCAUGAGCCCUUGGGACCCACCAGUACUUAUCCAGAAGCGAAUACACGGGGUCCUUUACUACGUAGAACACAGAGAUGAUGAAUUAUACAUUCUCACUAAUGUUGGUGAGCCUACAGAAUUCAAGCUAAUGAGAACAGCAGCUGAUACCCCUGCUAUUAUGAAUUGGGAUUUAUUUUUCACAAUGAAGAGAAAUACCAAAGUUGUAGACUUGGACAUGUUUAAGGAUCACUGUGUUCUAUUCCUGAAGCAUAGCAAUCUACUUUAUGUUAAUGUGAUUGGUCUGGCUGAUGAUUCAGUUCGGUCUCUAAAGCUCCCACCUUGGGCCUGUGGAUUCAUAAUGGAUACAAAUUCAGACCCAAAGAACUGCCCCUUUCAGCUUUGCUCUCCUAUACGCCCCCCUAAAUAUUACACAUAUAAGUUUGCAGAAGGCAAACUGUUUGAGGAAACUGGACAUGAAGACCCAAUCACAAAGACUAGUCGUGUUUUACGUAUAGAAGCCAAAAGCAAGGAUGGAAAAUUAGUGCCAAUGACUAUUUUCCAUAAAACGGAUUCUGAGGACUUGCAGAAGAAACCUCUCCUGGUACAUGUAUAUGGAGCUUAUGGAAUGGAUUUGAAAAUGAAUUUCAGGCCUGAAAGGCGGGUGUUGGUGGACGAUGGAUGGAUAUUAGCAUAUUGUCAUGUUCGGGGAGGUGGUGAGUUAGGCCUCCAGUGGCACGCUGAUGGCCGUCUAACUAAAAAACUCAAUGGCCUUGCUGACUUAGAGGCUUGCAUUAAGACACUUCAUGGCCAAGGCUUUUCUCAGCCAAGUCUAACAACCCUGACUGCUUUCAGUGCUGGAGGGGUGCUUGUGGGAGCAUUGUGUAAUUCUAAUCCAGAGCUGCUGAGAGCUGUGACUUUGGAGGCACCUUUCUUGGAUGUUCUCAACACCAUGAUGGACACUACACUUCCUCUGACAUUAGAAGAAUUAGAAGAGUGGGGGAAUCCUUCAUCUGAUGAAAAACACAAGAACUACAUAAAACGUUACUGUCCCUAUCAAAACAUUAAACCUCAGCAUUAUCCUUCAAUUCACAUCACAGCUUAUGAAAAUGACGAACGUGUGCCUCUGAAAGGAAUUGUAAACUAUACUGAGAAACUCAAGGAAGCCAUCGUGGAGCAUGCUAAGGACACCGGGGAAGGUUAUCAAGCCCCCAAUAUUAUUUUAGAUAUUCAGCCUGGAGGCAAUCAUGUGAUUGAGGAUUCUCACAAAAAGAUUACAGCCCAGAUUAAAUUCCUGUACGAGGAACUUGGACUUGACAGCACCAGUGUUUUCGAGAAUCUUAAGAAAUAUCUAAAAUUCUGAAAUGCUGCAUUCAGUGGAAAUUGGAAACACACUGAAAUAUUUCAUAGUCAUAUUUCCAGUUACAUUAACAAAACUCUAUUUACAAUAGCCAGAACAUGGAAGCAACCUAUGUGUCCAUUGACAGAUGAAUGGAUAAAGAAGAUGUGGCACAUAUAUACAAUGGAAUAUUACUCAGCCAUAAAAAGAAACGAAAUGGAGUUAUUUGUAGUGAGGUGGAUGGACCUAGAGACUGUCAUACACAGUGAAGUAAGUCAAAGAGAAAAAUAAAUACUGUAUGCUAACACAUAUAUAUGGAAUCUAAAAAAAUUAAAAAUGGCUCUGAAGAACCUAGGGGCAGGACAGGAAAGAGAUGCAGACGUAGAGAGUGGACUUGAGGACACGGGGAGGGGAAGGGUAAGCUGGGAAGAAGUGAGAGAUUGGCAUGGACAUAUAUACACUACCAAAUGUAAAAUAGCUAGUGGGAAGCAGCCACAUAGCACAGGGAGAUCAGCUCGGUGCUUUGUGACCACCUAGAGGGGUGGGAUAGGGAGGGUGGGAGGAAGACGUAAAAGGGAGGAGAUGUGGGAAUAUAUGUAUAUGUAUAGCUGAUUCACUUUGUUAUAAAGCAGAAACUAACACACCACUGUAAAGCAAUUAUACUUCAAUAAAGAUGUUAAAAAAAAUUUUUUAAAAUAACCAAUUGGAUAGGUUAAAAAUCAUGUUAUAUAAAUUUAUAUUUCUUUAAAAAAAACAGUGCUGCAGUAGAGAUCCUUGAAUAUUUAUCAUUUUUCACAUGUGCAAGUAUUCCUAGAUAUAGAUAUCUAGGAAUGAAAUUACUAAAUUAAAGGGUAUGUGCAUUUUUUUUGUUUUGAAAGCUACAGCCAGGUGGCAAGGUUUCUUUUUGUUAGCAUUUGCCUGUAAUAUCUUUAUUUUAAUUCUUUGUGUCCUUUUGUUUUAGCUAUGUCUCUUAUGUCAGAUUUUGUCUUUGUUUUCUAAUCUAAGAGUUUAUAUAUAUAUUUUAAAAGGUGAAUUUAACCCAUUUAUAUCUGUGAUUACCAUAUGUUUAGACAUAAUCCUGUAGCCUUAUUUUUUAUUUUAGUUGUACUAAUG